AUGUCAAAUCGACUCCACAAUUUCAACCCAAAGACUCGGAAAUAAGGCCGACACAGCACAAAAUCUCAACCCAAAGGCGCAAACUAAUGGCAAAAAAAGCUACGAAGAAGUCUCAGAAAUCUACUUCAGCGUCUGCUUCUGCUAGUAAACCCGCAAGAAUCGCCGACGGGAAAAUGGUGUUCAAGAUAACAUCAACGGAGAAGAUGAAGAAAGCAGUGACGAAUCGAAGCAGACUCAGAUCAGCAAAGCCCAUAACGACGCUGAAGAAGAAGGCUAUGAAAAUUGAAGCCACUAAACCCAAGAAACCCCCUACUGCUUUCUUCUACUUCCUGGAGGAUUUUCGCAAGGGUUUCCAAGAACAGAAUCCAGAUGUCAAGUCGAUGCGUGAUGUUGGCAAGGCUUGUGGAGAGAAAUGGAAAACAAUGACAUAUGAGGAAAAGGUUCAUUACUAUGAUAUAGCAACAGAAAAACGAGCAGAGUUUGAUAGAGCCGUGGCGGACUAUAUCAAAAGAAAGGAAAGCGGAGAGGAUCAAGAAGCAGGGGAAUCAGACUUUGAUGAGGACUAUUAGUUUUGGGAAAAAAUGUUUAAGCAGGAAUAGCAGGCACUUGACAACCAGAUAUAUUAUUUUAUGGGUGUAGGUUAGCAUUAACCACUGAAACUCCAGAUCUGUAUAAUUUUUGUGUACAUUACUGUUGAAAAUUGCAUUCGAUGUGAUAAGAAAAUGUGAAUAUAGUGGUCUAUGCUUUUUCUUAUUAA